AUGGCAGCACCUAUAUCUAAGGGAAUACCUAUAAGCGCAGUAAAUCCACAAUACCUCCACACAAACUCCACCAGCCACAAAUGGCCUUUCAGUGCGAUAGCAGAACUGAUUGACAAUGGUUUUGAUGCAAAAGCCAAGAAGUUCUGGAUAGAUAAACAAAUUGUCAAAGAACAAAUCUGCCUUGUCUUCAUGGAUAAUGGUGCAGGCAUGGACUUUAAUGAGAUGCAUAAAAUGCUCAGUUUCGGCUUCAAUGAUAAACAGUUAUUUAGGAACCAUGUUCCAGUGGGCCAGUAUGGUAAUGGAUUCAAGUCAAGUUCUAUGCGCUUGGGAAGGGAUGCCAUUGUGUUCUCCAGGAGAGCAGAUACCAUGUGUGUGGGGCUUCUGUCACAGACCUACCUCGAGGACAUAAAAGCUGAGAAUGUCAUAGUGCCAAUCAUCACAUUCACACCUACUGGAGAGACUUAUAUCGAGCAUUAUGAAAGUCUUCAGGAUAUCCUGAAAUACUCUCUUUUUAAUACCAAGGAGGAACUGCUGACUGAACUCCAACGGAACUCAACAGGAACACGUAUAAUCAUCUGGAACCGCCGCCUAACAGAGUCAGCAUUAGAACUUGACUUCUCUCAAGACUUUGACAUCCGGAUUCCGGAUGACGAUGAGAGCACCAUAGAGCAAAUGAGAUGGCAAGGCUCAUCAGUGCCUGAAAGUGAAUAUUCACUGCGGGCAUACUGCAGUAUCCUGUACCUGAACCCAAAAAUGCAGAUUAUAAUUCGAGGGGAGAAGGUAAAAACUUUGGAGCUCUCCAAAAGUCUAGCAAAUCAAGAGAAGUACAGAUACAAACCCACGUUUCUUAAUCAUAGCACUGAAAUCAUUUUUGGCUACAACACAAAGAACACAGAUCAUUAUGGCAUCAUGAUGUACCACAACAAUCGCCUUAUCAAAGCUUACGAACGUGUUGCCUGUCAACGCAAGGCAAACAGCACAGGAGCAGGUGUUACAGGGAUAACAGAGUGUAACUACCUACAACCAACUCACAACAAGCAGGACUUUAUCCCUACAGAUGAGUACAGGAAAACCAUGCAGAUUUUAAACACUAAGCUUAAACAGUAUUGUGGUAUUCUUCAAACAAACUGCACUGUACCUGUUCAGGCUGUUGUCGAGAGUCAUCAGAAAUUGUCUGCUGUGAUAAACAGAGAGAAGCCUGUCCCUGUUGCCAAGACACAAAGACCAAGAAAGAAGAAAGCUCCAAACAAAGACAUUAUUGAGAAAAAAGUAACCAGAUUUGAUAGCAGCACAGCGGUUCCAUCAGCAUUAAAGGCCUAUUUUUCAAAACUCACAAACAGAGGGUGA